AUGACCGCCGUCUUCGAGGCCAUUGAGUACUACAACAUGCAUAUCGCCCCUACGAUGGUCGCGACAGGGGUCUUCGGGGAAGACAGUCCCUACUGGAUGCCGGCCUCCACCGCACCGCUUCUCCCUCGAUCCUUCACCCAGAACAUCGUCUGCACCUCACUGGCGCACCGCAUUCUGCAGUCAAGCCUGGCUGCUCCGUCCCACCGAGUAGUCUUGGCCCAGCGGCUCCAACGACACCGUGGUUGCGCCCUGAGAGCCCUGACAGCCGAACUAUCCAAGCCCGAACACCAGACCUCAGACCUGAUACUGGCGUCAAUCAUCCUCCUGCUUCUAGUAGAGAUCCAGCACGCAAUUGAGCCACCAGACUGGCGACACCAUAUCAUGGGCGCCACUGUCAUGAUUGACUUAAGAGGCGGCCUGGGCGACGUCGUCUUUUCCCGUCCUCAUCUCCGUCACCUGUUUCGAUAUUACGUCUUGCUCGAGAUAAUCGGUAACACGACGUCUCCUCACGUCGAUAUCGACUCUGCCCGCCGCCACCUCGAGGUUAUCAGCCUGCUCCCCGUCCUGUUCGGCAACGGCUUGACCACAUGCUUUCCUUGCCCACCCGAUCUCCUCGCCGAGAUCAUCCGCAUCAACCAUCUUCGAUCACGAUUCCACAGCGUAUCCGUCACAGAUGUCCCUCCGGCCAUGCUGCAGGAAGCCAAACACGCGGCCGCGUUGGACAUACUCCGCCGCAUCAAGGGCUUUCCAACAGACAGGUGGGCCGCCGAGGUCCUUGUUGGCCUUGGCAACAACGAAACUCCAGCGUCCCAGGCCGGCUUCUCCGGCUGGCACGCUAUAGCCACCAUCUACCAGUCCGCCAUUGCCAUCUACUGCAUGGCGUCGCUUUUUCAGGACGUAGAACCGUAUUCUCCUGACGAUACAGUGCCUCCUGACCCUUGGAAUGCCUUGACCACCGCACGAAGAACGUGUGCGUCGGUGCUCCUCAGCCACCUGCGCGAGGUCAGCCGGUGCCCCCAGCUUCGCAAGCUGGGUCUGUGGCCUUUGUUCGUGGCGGGUGUUGAAGCAGAGGACGAGGCGACGAAGCGGUUUAUCGCCGGUGAGCUCCAGUGGAUCAGCAAUGCACUUGGCGGAGCUGCGCCCUUGGUAGCGAAGGACCUGCUGGAGAAGCGCGUAUGGAGGCUUGGAACAGUGAGGCGCAGUUGGGAUGGGCUCUUUGACCAGAGUUAUGUGUUUGUCAUAUGA